CGACAGCAGUCUGGCGGGCCGCCGCAGGGACCGCCGUAUAUGUAUGACCCGUCGACAGCGUACCCCGAUCCGAAUGUGCAGGCGUGGGCGCAGUACUAUGCCCAGGGCGGGAAAGACCCGACCGGCUCUGUGUACUUUAUCUCCGUACCGGGGGUAAAGGAACCUCCGCCGCAGACUCCUGGUAGUGCAACUCAUCCUGGUCCGCAGUCGGAGGGAGGAUAUAAUCCUUAUGCUCAGCUUAGUGGACAGCAUUCGAGCACUGAUCUCACAGGCUCGGGAUAUGCAGGGCAACAGCAUCUCAAUGGUUCGCAGACCAGUCUCGGAACGCCGUCACCGUACCAGACGGCUCCGGCAUCUGCAACGGAUCUUAAUGGUCCUCAGCCCGGCCCCGGCGAAUCUCAGCUGGGAAGGCAUCCGUCCAUUGCAUCGACUGUUGUGCCCCAUAAUGCGCCCCAUUCCCCCUCUGCCGUCGGCACAUUCAGUCAGCAGCAGGAGAACAUUCGUGUAGGGUCCCCGCUCGCGCAGUCGUUCCAUCAACAGGGCGACGGCGUUGGUGCCUCUGCGCCGCCAGGUCAAGAUCAGCAUCAUGUCGGAGGGUACAUGAACGGUGUAGACCCGUAUUCCCCGUCCGCUGCUGCCCCUGCGCCUGUCCCGAAGAGCCCAGGUGUGGGCGGAAACGAGUCAGGAUGGCCUGGAUACGGCGGGGCGCCUGGGCUAGCAUCGCAGUUCAACGCUAUGCAUAUAGCGCCACGAGAGAGUGCCCCGGCUCCGGCACAGUAAGAGGGUGAUGGCGCAGGGAGAGAACGGUCUGGAUAACUUAGUUCACGGACUUGAGUGGGGACCCGAGAGGAAGAUCUGUCCCGGCGAACAACCCGAUGGACAGCAGCUUGCUCUUGGACCCUUGUGCGCGUUGUUAUUUUGUCAGUCGUUUCUGUACGAAGUAUACUGUUCUAAAACUCUUGUACCGGAUUCAUACUUCUAUGACAGUUGUUGGUUGGGCUGCUGAAGAUUGGCC